AUGCUCUCCGUUUCUACAAUCAAGACACAGAGGGACUUUCACUACUUAGAAAUCCUAGACAAAAAAUCUAAUCUACAAUUUUUAAUUGACAGUGGAGUUGAAGUUUCAAUAAUAAAACCUAACAACUUAGACAAAUCUAACAUUUCAACUCGAGUACUUUACACUACAAACAAUCAAAUUAUAAGGACCUACGGAGAUCCAACAAUGGUUUUAGAUCUAGGACUUCGUAGACAAUUUCGCUAUACAUUUAUAAUUGCAGAUGUAACUCGUUGUAUUCUAGGAGUGGAUUUCUUAGCGAAAUUUAACUUGCAAAUCAACCUUAAACGCAAACAUUUUCUUGAAGAUGGCGUUACACAUUUAACAACACCACUAGUUACCCCGCUCAAAGCAGACAAUAUACUAAGUAUUUCAUUAAUCGAGCACAACUUAACCUAUUCAGACAUAUUAAAAAAAUACUCUGAAGUCAUCAAUCCAGCUUAUCAAAAAGAAUUAAAACAUUCAACUGUCCAUUUCAUUCAAACAACCGGACCGUCAAUAUCAGCCAAAGUACGAAGAUUAUCACUAGAAAAAUAA